GCAUGGUUCUUUCUACAUGACAAGCAAAUUAAGCAACACCAAGUAUCCUCCUUUUUUAUUUAAACAUCUCCCUAUCUUACUUGGUUGUUGAUAUCUGAAAAAGGAGUAAGAGAUGGCGAUGGGAGGAUUAUUAAUAUCUCAGAAAGGUAAUGGAAACGGGCAGCAGAGGCCAAGACCCUGUGGGUUGGUGCUGCUUUUGGCCUUUGGGGUUGCAAUGCUUGCUAUUAUGGCCCUCCACAAGCUCCGCGAGAGACGCAUUUCCAACCUCCUCCAAGAGAACAGCCAUCACCUCAUUUCCCUUCAGCUCCUGCUGCAGAAACAAACAGAAUACACCAAACAACUGAAAGGGAAAGCUGAAGAGACAAAAGCAAAGAUGAACUCUCUUAGAAAGCAGAAAAUGGAGUUGGAUCAUAGGCUCUUGGAAAUGCUAUCUACCAUUGAUUCCCUCAAAGACGAGCAAAAGACCACGGAGUCUGAACUGGUGGAUAAACAAAACCAGAUCAAACUCCUCCGACAUUCAGGAAACCAAAAUCCUCAGCUCCCAGCUUUAAUAGCAACUUUGAAGCAAAAGGAGGAUGAAAUCCAGGACUUGAAGCACCGCCUCAACUCCUCUCUCACUACUCAUCACCCAGCAAAUCCUCCAAUAAAUAUAACAAUUAUGGAGUCAAAGACAGCGUUGACACGUGUCCGUGAGGAUGGCGGAGGUGCUUAUAAUUCUACAAAAGGUCAGGACAAAACUAAAUCGAGUUAUCCUCAUCAUCAGGAAGACAACAGAGAAUGGGUUAAAAAUGGAGAUGAGAAAAAGGGUGAGACUACUCUUGAAAAUGAUAUGAAUUCUAAACAUACAACAACGGAUAUGGAAAAGAAUCAUGCAAAAGCUACUGCAACAUUUGAGCACAUGGAUGAAGGCAAAAACAAGAGUAGUCCCCAACAAGAAGGUGAGCUUCAUAAAAGCCAACCAAGUCAUCAAGGUAGGAACAAACUGGAAACGGAUGAUAGUAAGAUUUCAAGCUUAGCAGAGAGAUUUGGAAAUUUAAGCACAACAAAAGGGAUGAUAUUUGCAAAGAAGAGAUUCCUUGAGAAUGUUGGAAAAUGUUUGAAGAAUGUAAAUUCUGAAAUAGAUGGAGUGGAAAGCACAAGUAGAAUAUUUUCAACAGAAUAUCAAGAUGUAAGAAGCAUGGAAGAGUGGGGCAAACCCGAAACAGGUCUGAGGAAGGAAAUGGAUCUUGCAACAGCAAAUUUGUUGAGGCAUCACAACUCUGAGGCAAUGUCCACCAACCAAGAUAACUCCGAGGCAAGAAAAGUAUCAGAAAACACUGGUGUCAAUGGAGAAGCCAGUAAUAACACAAAUGAAGUCAAUCAGCAAAAUUUUGAAGCAACCAAUGAUAACAGCAGGGACGUGGAAGAACAGGAGAAGGAAGUUGCCAAAAGAGAUGAAAUGGAAGAUAUGGAGAUUACAGAUAAACAAGCAGCAACAAAUGGUGACCUUUCCGGUGAUUUUAUGUCUGAUUCACAAGAUAAACAAGGGUACAAGGAAGAAAUGGACGAGUCUUGAGACUGAGUUUUAGUUAACACCACUUCUCAAGUGUUAUGUCCUAGCUUUUAAGUACCUGUAUUGCUCUUAUUUCAGUAAUUGACUAUCCUUUCU